AUGAAGAUCCACUAUUAUGCUACCCUGUCCCUAUUCGUCGUCACCAUCAUGAAUGGGACCAGUGCCAAGGGAGAAAAAAAUAUCCUAAACUCUAGAAAAAAUGAAAAUAAAAACAGAGCAAAAAAUAUGAGCCAUGAGGAAAAUAUCCGAGAUAUGCUUAACUGGGAAGGUUUUGAAAAAAUUAAAGAAUUAAUAAGUGAAAAUAAAUUAGAUGAAGCCAACGAAUUAUUUAAUGAAAUGAAAAAAACCCUUAACCUUAAUGCAAAUAAUGACGAAAAUGAUGAUAAUACUAGUAACAAUAACAAAUAUGAAGGAAAUAAUAAUGAAAAUAAAUUUCCACACAAUAUGAUGAUGAACAACAGUCAAGACUUAUUUAACAAUUUAAUAAACCCUGGUGAUCUUCAAGAAAUGAUAAAGUUUUAUAUGUACUUACAAGAUGUUUUAAAUUCAAAUAGUGAUACAUCUGAAAAAAAAAUGGUAAAAACAUUUUUGAGAAAAACUAUUCAAAAAAUGAAAGAUAAUGAAAAAAAUGGUGAAAAAAAAUCAGUUGAAGAUAUUAUAAAAGACACAGAAGGCCAUGAACAAAUGUUGGAGAAGUUAGCCGAUUUAAUGAAAAUCGAUAAAGAUAAAUUACAAGACGAGGAAGUCAAAAAUAAAUUAAACCAAAUACUUAUUGGUAUGAUGAAAUUUAUUGAUUACACAAAUAAUAGCGACAUUGCUAAUUCCCUCAUGAAUGAUAUCAAAAUUAAGCAAGUUAAAAAUCCAGAUGAUGAUUCCAAACCAAAACUCCAAGUCAAUAUUGGUGACAGUAAGGCUCAUUUGGAAAUGCUAGAAAAGGCUACGAAAUUCAUGGGUAUAGACAUUGACUCGGAGGAGUUGAAAAAUCUCACCAUCAACAAUAAGUGGUACGAAAACUUUCUAAAUAACCUCCUCAACAGCUCUGACGAAUUGUGA